AUUCUCAAGAAGAUUGACGUGUGCCGUCCAGUGACAAAACAGUAACACAUUCCGGGUCACACAGAACACACACCCAAGACAAAACCCCCCCAAAAACUCCGAUCAAAACCCCUCGUUCUCCUUUCUCAGAACGGAAACCUCAACGCUGACGAUGAUAUCGAUGAAACCACAAUAAACACAAGUACUUUUCCGAUAUAUCACCACUAGCCCCGGCGAGCUAGCAACUUUUGUUUUUUCUAAUCCAAACGAAACGACGGAAAGUGUCGCCAAUACGAUAUCAAAGUAGCAAGUAUGCAUUCCUUUUCGUACAGAGCAAAUGCUUUGCUAACUUUCUCCGUUACCAUCCUCGCGCUAAUGUGCGCCAUGACCUCCCUCUCUGACAACCUUAAUUCUCCCUCUCCCUCUUCCCAAAUCCAGAUAUUGAAUAUCAAUUGGUUUCAAAAACAGCCGCAUGGAAAUGAUGAGGUUAGCCUCACAAUGAAUAUAACAGCUGAUUUACGAUCAUUGUUUACCUGGAACACGAAGCAGGUUUUCGUAUUUGUGGCGGCAGAGUAUGAAACCCCAAAGAAUUCCUUGAACCAGGUUUCACUUUGGGAUGCAAUUAUACCAACCAAAGAACAUGCAAACUUUUGGGUGCAAACUGCCAACAAGUAUCGUUUAGUUGACCAGGGGAGCAAUCUUCGUGGUAAAGAAUUCAAUUUGACUUUACACUGGCAUGUCAUGCCCAAGACUGGCAAAAUGUUUGCUGACAAAAUAGUCAUGUCUGGAUAUCGCUUGCCUGAGGACUAUAGAUGAGGAUAGGAUAUUUUGUAUACCUUGUCUAGCUGUAACUUAAGAUUUUUUAUUAUGGGAUGAUGAAGUUCGGCUGAAUUAAAAGAACUACAAACAGAGAAAUGGAUGCUGUCAACAAAGAAAAUGAAUACUGUUGGUUUUUCUUGAUCA